AUGGUACUUAGUUGGAUUGUGGCUUUGGUUUCUGAGAGUGCCUUGCCACAGAUCAUUGGCGCCGAGACAGCUAGUGUAGCUUGGGAUAAACUAAUUUCGAUAUAUGCUAAGGCAUCGAAAUCAAAGAUUUGUGAUUUGAAAAAUCAAUUAGUGACUCUUUGUCAUGGAUCAAAUUCAAUUGAAACUUAUGUUCAAAAAGCAAAAGGACUCGCUGAUAGGAUGAUUUUGUUGAGUUUAUUAAGGGUGGUCUUGAACGGCAAUUGCAGAUUGAUGAUGCUGCUGUCAUCUCUCCGACUGCACAUUUUGGGCAAUCUCUGCCCUAGCGUGGGUGAGUCCGAGGUAGAGGGCAGCGUGGAUGUGGUGGACGGGUUCGGUGGGUAUGGUGGUUAUUCAUACUCUCGAUCUAGUGGUUAUCCACAAUCCUUUUCUCCUGAAAAUCGUGGCAUCCUCGGACCUUCUCCAAAUUCAUCUAACAACACACAAUCAGCCCUUUUGGAUGGCAAUUCCACUACUUGUUUCAAUUGUGGCAGUCAUGGCCAUGUCUCUCACGAUUUGGAAACGAGAGCAACGCUAUUCAAAGGCUUGAGUAAGAACGGUCUGUAUCCCUUCCCGGUGGAGUUGCCAUCACGGUCUGUCAUUCAAGCAAAUUCAACCUCUUUGUGUACUUGGCAUGCCCGCCUCAAUCAUACUUCAUUAUCUACUGUUCGUCGUUUAGUUUCAUCUCGUAUUAUUGAUUCUUCGAAUAAGUCUAGUAGCACAUUGUGUCAGGCUUGUGUUACAAGUAAAAUUCAUAAGGUUGAGAAAUUAUUUGACCAUUCUAUUAAACAAUUUCAAGCAGAUUGGGGAGGCCGUGCUCUUCUAUUUCAUGCUAAUGUUCCCCAAUCCUUUUGGACAUAUGCCUUUGAUACAGUGUUAUUUGUGUUAUCCUUGGUUACGCCGCUCCUUGUGUUCUCUUUUCAAAUAGCUGAUGAUGUGUGUGUUGUCUGUCCUCCACCACCAGACAUAUCUCUCACUAUCACAGCUCCCAUUUUCCCGACAGCGACCAACACCGUGCCUAUUUCUCCCUUACCAACUACCAUGCCACCAUCUUUCGCCUCUUCACCUCUAACUACUACACCUGGUCUUGCAAAUCAAGUUGAUACUAUUGAUCCUCCUUCUCCAUCAGUGCCACCUGCAAUCAGCGCGUCGCCCCCUGCUCCACGGGCACCUAGCAGAACUCAUCCCAUGGUUACUCGAGCACAAACAGAUUCUCUUAAGGCAAAACGUUUUGCAUCUUAUUCUACUUCCGUACCUGCUAGUUCUAACUCGACAUGUUAUACUCAAGCUAUGAAACACCCUAAAUGGCAUACUGCCAUAACUGCAGAAUAUAAUGCUUUGAUAAAAAACGGCACCUGGCGACUGGUCCCUCCAUAUAAAGCAAGCAAUACUGUCGGGUGUAAAUGGGUGUUUAAGAUGAAGACCAAUGCUGAUGGCUCGGUUGAAUGUCAUAAGGCUCGGCUAGUGGCCAAAGGUUAUCAUCAACGUCCGGACAUUGACUUUGAUGAUACCUUCAGUCUGAUUGUGAAACCCACCACAGUCCAUCUUCUCUUAUCUCUGGCAGUCUGCUAA